AUGCAGUCAAAAGACUCUAAAAACUGCAGUUCCACUUUUAUAGAAACUAAACAUUUUUGUACAGAAACAGAAGAAACACAUUUAUCUGAAGAGACAAUCAGCAAUACGAAUAUUUCCAGUCCUCUGUUUGAUAAUAAUGUCCAGCUCUUGAAAAGUGAACUGUACCAGCAAAAUUUGACAAAUGACAAUCUUCAUGUGUGUCCAUCCAGCAAGUUAGAUCAGUCAGAAGAUAAACUUGAUUGUGAAAUUCCUCAAAUACUGAGAUUGACUAAAAAAGCAGGUCAUGAGCAGAAAGUACAAGAAGAAUCUAGAAAACAGCAAAAAUACAUCAGGGAGGGUAUGGAUGUUCUUUUUUUGAGCCAAACUCAAUUGGAAGAGACCAAUCAACAACAGAAUGAAAAAGCAAGGGGUGAAUGCAGUAACAUCCAUGAUCCGGCAGUCACACAGAAAAAAAGUUCAGAACUGAUAGAUCUAUUGAAGAAACAAGAAUCAAACUCUGAAUGCAUACCUCUUCAAUUCUAUAAAGAGUUUCAGCCUUUAAAAACAGAGAUUUCCACUUUGUAUUCAAAGAACAUCCCCUUCAGUGACCGAUUUCUACUGAAAGCACCAUCAGAAAGCAGAAAAGAAGAAAAUAAAGUACAACCAGAGGUAGAAGUCAGAAGACAAGACCUUGACCUGGAGUUAAAACCUGGACAAGAAAUAUAUGAUGAAGUAAAACAAGAGAAGGCAACACUUCUAUAUAAGGUUCCAGAGUUUAGUAGCAAGUUAGAUACAGUUAAGAAUGCCCAACAAACAACAAAUACAGAAAGGAAUAGCAUACUCAAAGAGUUGGCAGCUCUGCAGCAGAUGGUUGUUUUUCAACAACAGGUUAAUAACUUCCAAAAUCUGCAGUUGAAUACAAGCUAUGCAGAUGACGCAAAUAGAAUAGGACAUUUACAGAAUGAGACUCCAGGAACACAAAAAAUUCUUAAACAACUUUACAAGAAAUGUAAAACAACAGGUGUUUGCACUGCACAAGAAUAUAAAAGCAAACAUUUUGAUGAGCCAGAGAAAAUUGAAAAUCAAGCUAAUGACGACAUUUACAAUUUUUACAGUGCUUCCUUAGAUGAUGCUGCACAAGAGAAAGAGCAAGCAUUUAAAGAUGAAAAGGACACUGUUGAAAAAUAUAACGUGCUUUUGGAACAGUUCAUGAAGAUCUGGAUUAGAAUAGACAGAAAACUAGUAGAACUGCUUCAUGGAGUUAAACAAAAAUCACAAGAAGUGGAUAAUGCUCUCAUGAUUCAAGAAGAAAUAGCAAAGAACAUGCAGCUGUAUCAAACUGAGUGUGAAAAGCACCAGAAGAAACUGGAAGUUUUAGCUGGAGAAUUCUCUAGACUUCAUGUGGCAGCUGAGCAGCACGUUAAUGAACUGCAAGUGCAAAAUUCUGAGUACCGGGUUAAACUCUCAGCAUUUGAGAAAUUGGAGCAAUACUUUUCAGAGGCCACCAUGCAAAAUGCAACAACCAAGAAAAAAAAGACUUUAGGAAACGGUCUUUUUUCUAAAGGACAUAGAACAAAUGUCAGAACAACACCAAAAAAAGGUAUUAAAAACAGUGUUUGCCUGGCUAAGAGGUUACUAGAAGUGGAAAAAGAGAAUUCAAUAAUGAGAAAGCACUUGGAGCAACAGAAGAAGCUUACUGAUCAAUUUUCCCAAGAGCUAGAGGAGGCCCACACUCUCAUAAACCAAGCACAACAGCCAUACCACUAUCUAAUUAAAGGUAUAUGCUUUAGAGAGAAUCAGAACCAGAUGCUUAAAGAGCACAUUUUACAGAUGGAGAAUAAGAUCAGCACUCUUAAGAAAGAGAACCUGGCCUUACAACAAAUCAUCAGUAGUAUGGCAGAUGAUUUAGUGAUACUCCUGAACAACUGUGAGGAAUUGUUAAUGAUGAAGCAAGUUCUAACCAAAGUACAGACUUGA